AUGGAGGAGAACCUGGCCCAGUAUUCUGGAGCCUGGGGCCCCCCUGGGGGGUGGAGAGCCCCCCAGGGGGCCAGAGGAGGCCGGUCCCUGUCCUCUGUGUUGAAUGAGCUCCCCAGUGCUGCCACCCUCCGCUACCGCGGUCCGGGUGUGCUGCCUUGGGGAGCAGUGGAAGACGAGGAGCAGGAUGGAGGGAAGAGCCCCCAAUCCUUCCCAGAAGUCACCCCAAUGCAGCCUCAGGAUCCGCACCCCUCCCGGGAACUGCCAUGGCCCAUGGAGGCAAGAAGGGCUCACAGGCAAAGCCAGUCCAAAGACCCAGCGGCAUACACCUCUGGGUCUUGGGCUGCCCACUGGGCCAGGCUGCUUUCCCGGUCAAAGGAAAAGAUGAAGGAAGGAGUGCGAACCCUGCAGCCCUGGGCAUGGACACUGAAGAAGAUUGGGGGCCAGUUUGGCGGCGGCACUGAGUGCUACUUCUCGCUUCUGCGCUUCUUGCUGCUGCUCAAUGCGGUGGCGUCGGUGUUCGAGGUCUGCAUGAAGCUGCUGCCGGCCUGGCUGGAUGGGGCGCCCCCGGGACCCCCGGGGCCCCCGGCCUCGUCCUGCGGCUCGUACAACCCCCAUGCCCAGGGCCUGGUUACCUUUCCCACACAGAUCUUCAACCUGCUCUCUGGAGAGGGCUACCUGGAAUGGUCCCCUCUCUUCUAUGGGUUCUACCCGCCUCGGCCCACGCUGGCACUCACCUACCUGUGCUCCGUCUUCGCCUCCGGCUUCGUCUGCCUGCUGCUCAUCCUGCGCCGCUCCGUGUCUGGGCUGAGGCAGACUAUGUUGGCCGAGUCCGGGGCUCUGACCAGCUACAGCCACCGCGUGUUCUCGGCCUGGGAUUUCGGCCUCUGCGGAGAGGAGAACGUGCGGCUGCGCCAGCGCCACAUCCGCUAUGAGCUGCAGGUGGAGCUGGAGGAAGCCGCGGUCCAGCGCCGGGCUGCGGGGCGCACGCUUGGCCAGUGGACCUGGGUAUGGUUAGUGCGGACGCUGCUCAACCUGCUGGUGUUAGCGCUCCUGGGGGCAGCCUUCUAUGGCGUCUACUGGGCCACGGGGGCUACUGCGGAGUUGAAGGAGAGAUCCCUUGUUCAGCAGACGCCCUUGCUGAAGCUGGUGGUGGAUUACCUCCCAUCCAUCUUCAUCUCCGGGGUCAACUUCGUGCUGCCGCCUGUGUUCAAGCUCAUUGCCCCCCUGGAAGGCUACACCCAGAGCCGUCAGAUCAUACUCAUCCUGCUCAGGACAGUGACUCUGCGCUUCACCUCCCUUCUGUUCCUGCUCAUCUCCCUCUGGAACCAGAUCACUUGUGGGGGCAACGUGGAAGCAGAGGCGUGCCAGCCCUGUGGGUACAAUUACAAAGAGCUUCCGUGCUGGGAGACUAAGCUGGGUCAGGAGAUGUACAAACUCCUGCUCUUCGAUUUGUUGACUGGCCUGGCAGUCAUGCUGUUCAUCCAAUUUCCUAGGAAGGUAUUCUGCGGCCUCUGUCCGGGGGCGCUGGGGCGCCUGGCGGGGAUCCAGGAGUUCCAGGUGCCCGAUGAGGUACUGGGCCUCCUGUACGCGCAGACCGUGGUCUGGGUGGGGAGCUUCUUCUGCCCUUUGUUGCCUCUGCUCAACACCGCCAAAUUCCUGCUGCUCUUCAGCCUGAAGAAGCUCACCCUCUUCUCCACCUGCUCCCCGGCCUCCCGCACCUUCCGUACCUCCACGGCCAAUCUGUUUUUCCCCCUGGUCCUGCUCUUGGGCCUGGCCAUCUCCGCAGUGACCGUAUUUUACAGCAUCUUUCUGAUCCCACCUUCCAAGCUGUGCGGCCCCUUCCGGGGGAAGUCGUCCAUCUGGGAACACAUUCCUGAGUCCAUUGAAAAACUCCCUCAGACUGCCCAGAACUUUCUUUUCUUUUUGGGUUCCCAGGCUUUUGCUGUGCCCCUUCUGCUGCUCUCCAGCAUCCUGAUGGCGUGUACCGUGGCGCUGGCCAACUCCUAUGGGCGCCUCAUCUCGGAGUUUAAACGCCAGAUAGAGACGGAAGCACGGAACAAGGUCUUUCUGGCACAGCGAGCCGUGGCACUGAGCUCCGCCAACGGGGCCCUUUGAGCGGCCUGUGUAACGACGUCCCGGACGCCUUCGGGUCCAGACCCCUUGGUAAUAAGCCCGAACUCCGACUUGUGUUAAACGAUGCCCCCCUCCUGAGUCCUAACUCUGAAGAUUCCCCAGAGCCUCCGCCGCCAAGUCCCGACU